AUGGGCGCAGAGCAGUCCCAAAGCGCCGAGCCUGGCGGUGCCGACGCCGAGUCGAAGUUGGGCGCGCGCAUCGCUGCCGCUUCGGGCCAGCUCGCUUGGCAGGCCGGCGCCGGCGACGAGGCGCACAAGCCGAGCGGGCGCGAGACCGUCGCGGUGACCUCGUCAGACGCAGGCGGUGAGUGCCUGUACGUGGUGGGCGGCCGGGGCGCUGAGGGUCCCCACAACGACGUCGGCGUCUACGACGCUGCGGGAGGGCGCGGGUGGGCCGCCGUCUCGCCGGGCGGAGAGCCUCCCUCUGCGAGGAGCGGCCACUCUGCAGCGGCGGUGCCUGGCGUGGGCAUCCUGGUGCACGGCGGGCUGUGCGAGGAGCGCGGGUUCCGGAACGACACGGCGCUGCUGCGCGUGGGCGGCGCCGCCGGCGGCGAGCGCGUGCUCGACUGGACGCGCCUCGACCUCGCCGGCGAGCCUCCGAGCGCGCGCGACAAGCACUCUGCCGUCGCGGUUCCACCGACGGCGGGUUCCUCCUCGUGCUGGAGCAUGGUGGUGUUUGGCGGCUUCGGGGUGGCGAGCGGCGCUCCAGCCUCCUUCCACGCGGAGCUGCUCGCGCUGCCCCUCGGACCCCUCCUCGCCGCCACGGUGGACGCGGUCAAGAAGCCGAAGCUCACCGCAGGGCCGUAG